AUGUCACGCAACCGUUUUAUGCUAAUAUUGCGUUGCCUUCAUUUUUCAUCUGAAGCAAAUGAAGAAGACCGACUGGCCAAAAUUCGUCCGAUAGUAGAUCAUUUUAACAAUCGAAUGAAUGAUAUUUAUUACCCAGGCAAACAACUUUCUCUUGAUGAAUCGAUGGUGUUACGGCGUGAACAUCUCCAGUUUAGGCAAUAUAUUAAAAAUAAGUGCCAUAAGUAUGGAGUAAAGUUAUACGUACUUGCAGAACCAGAAGGCACAGUAAUCAAAUUUCAAAUAUACGGUGGUGCAGGUGAUGAUACGUCCGGAAUAGGACACACUCAAAAAAUAGUUUUAAAGCUACUCGAAGAGAAAUUGGAUUCAGGACACAGUGUCUAUAUGGACAAUUACUAUAACUCCUAUGAUUUAGCUGUCAAAUUAUUAAAUCGCCAAACUUACUGCACGGGGACUUUAAAUAAAAAUCGAAAAGGUAAUCCAAUAGACCUUGCUACCGUCACGUUGCGUAAAGGAGAAAACAAGUCUCUUUUUUUAAAUGGUGUACAUGUAGGCAAGUGGAAAGAUAAGCGAUGUGUGCUUUAUUUAUCGACAGAGCACGACAACGAAAUGAUGGAAGUCACCAACAAAAGGGGCACUGUUCUUGUAAAACCAUCAGCAAUUAUACAUUACAACAGUUUUAUGUCUGGUGUUGAUUUGCAAGAUCAAAUGCUUUCGUAUUACCCCUGUGAAAGGAAAACCAUGCGAUGGUAUAAAAAGAUAUUCUUUCACACAUUGCAGAUGAGUUUGAGUAAUGCGUUCCAUUUAUACGAGUAUAAUAAAUUUAGUACAAAUAGCAAACUUAAUUUUUAUGAUUUGCGUUUACAUAUUUUGGAGAAAUUAUUACCAAAACCACCACAAAUAGCUGAGAAAAUGUCAACUAAACAUAUUUUAACCAAAAUUGAAAACGUAAAGGCGCGACAAAAAAAGAGGGUAAGAAGACAAGAACUAUCACGGAAGUAG